AUGGGCAAACAGGCUAACAACACCUUGAAGGACUUUGCGACAGAGGUUCCCGAUGGCCACGUCAUGCUGCCCCAUGGACUGGGCAUUGUCAAGAUAGCCAAGGGUGGAGCUACUGGCACAACCAGACCUGUCACGACUCCUGAUGCCAGCACAGCCGAUGCCGAAACGAGGAAACCAACACAAAGUCAGCUCCGCUUGAACCUUUCGAAACCGCAUUCCAGUCUUGAAGAAAAGGAGGGAGAUAAAAAUGGGCACACUGAGCCGACCAAGGACGAGAUCAACGACCUCAAAAAAGAGCAUGGCAGAACAAAGGCCGUUGCCAGGAAGCGAAUUCCAGUCAAAAAUCAGACCCCCUACCAACAGAGAACGAAGGUGCCAUGGGGCGAAAGCCCUUGGCCAGAGCAGGCCGGCCCAUCAGCUGAGGAUUGUGAGAGUGUCUACGACAUUCUGAAGGAGCAACACGCCGGUGGCAAGUUGAAUUUUGAACGACCUGCCAAGAUCCCGCCACCUUCUCUUGAAGUUGCUGGUUGUGGCGAGACGCAACUCCUCAUCGACGGUCUCUGUCGGACUGUGCUGAGCGGUUCUACCACCAUGAAGCAUGCCGAUAAAGCUAUUCAAAACAUCGUCGAGUCGUACGGAACUGUGACCAAGUCAGUCGUGAUUGACGGCGAAGAAGUCACUCCUGUCAAGAAUUGCAUCGACUGGAACAAGGUUCGUUUGAGAGGGGCCGCCGAACUCAAGUCCGUUAUCCGCUCUGGUGGCCUUCAGGAAAUUGGGAGCAAGGCCGUCCUAGAUAUCCUCGAGACCGCCUACAGUGUCAAUUCCAUACGCGCCGCUGCAUUCAAGCGGGAGAAGGCAGAUGGAGUGCCUGCUGACGUGCCUGGUGCAGACAAGUUGACGCAGAGCCAGAAGGAUAUGGAAAUAUGGAUGUUCGAAAACGACGUCAUCUCUCUUGAGCACCUUCGAGUCUUGUCUACAGAGGCCGCCAUGAAUGAGCUGGUCCUUCUCAGAGGUGUCGGCGUAAAGACGGCCGCCUGUGUGAUCCUAUUCUGUCUCCAGGAGCCUUGCUUUGCUGUGGACACUCACUGUUUCCGGAUGGCACAAUGGCUUGGCUGGCUGCCAAGAGACCUUCGGGAGGACGUUGGAAGAGAGAAGGCCUUUGCACACCUGGACCAGUGGAUCCCUGACCAUCUCAAGUACGGACUCCACCAGCUGUUUAUCGAGCACGGCCAGAAGUGUCAGCGUUGCAAGGCCAGCACGAGAGAGGGCAACAAGGACUGGGAGGAUUGCGUCUGCCCUCUAGAGAACCUGCUGGAUCGCAAUAAACCCAGACCCAACCCAGCCAAAGCCAGUCGGAAGCGGAAGGCAAAGGAGGUGAAGGAGGAAGCUGAUAUUGGUGACGAGGCCGGCUCUCAGAAUCUUGGCGCCACUGAAACAGCGGAGGCGAUUCUGAACCCUAAGCUGGGUGGGGAGGUUCAGGUCGCAAGCGAAGUUCUCGCUGGUGAGGAGGAACAGAAGCCUACUCGCAUCACACGCCAGCGAAAGAAGAAGGUGCAGUACAGCGAGGAGUAUCUCGAGUCGACUACCCGAAAGCGUCAGCGAGGACCCAGGUCUGGGGACAGUGACGAAGAGUACCGUCCUACUCGGGGCGGUCGGAAGGCAAAGAAUGGCACAGUGUGA